GACAUUGAAGCAUGUUCAUGUAUACAACAUUGCGAAGCUGGAUAUCCAUUCAAAAAUGGCAAAUUAAUCAGAUCAGAUAUUGGAGCCAUUUAUGAAUGCAAUUCUUUCUGUGGUUGUGAUUAUACUUGUCCUAAUAGGAACAUUCAAAAGAAUAACAUGAACGAUAAAAAUUUACAGAUAUUUAAAACUUCAAAUAGGGGAUGGGGUGUAAGAACUUUGAAACCAAUAAAAGAAGGUUCUUUUGUAACAGAACAUGUUGGAGAAAUUAUAAAUUCAAGAACGUCUAUGUUGAGAUCAAUUUGCUAUGAUAAACUAAAUAUGAUGAGUUACUUUGAUUUAGAUUAUGGGUUUGACAGUGAUAAGGGAUCAAAGACCCUUUGCUUGGAUUCAAACUACUGGUGCAAUAUUUCAAGAUUUAUGAAUCAUUCAUGUGAUGCCAAUCUUGUAACUAUUCCUUUCUUUGUAGAAACCAAAGAUAUAAAAUUUCAGAGAAUUGGAUUUUUUGCACAAAGAGAUAUUUCUAAAAAUACUGAGUUAACAAUAGAUUAUAGAAUUCAAAAUCCAGAUUUUGAAUGUUUAUGCGGUUUUAAAUUUUGUAGGUAA